GCAUCUACAGCUAAUCCAUUUAUCCAUCUCCAUGUUUAAAUCCAUUUCGACUCCCUUCUGUUGUAAUUUCCUAAAGACAAAAGUUGUAUUUUUAAUAGAUUCGCACUUAAACGACGACAAAAUGGCACUCGAGUCAAAGGCGCUGCAUUUCAAGUCCAAGUUUAUUACUGCCGAGCUGGCUUGUCUCUUCAGCCAGUCGGACAGCGAGGAUGACUUUGAAGGCUUCAGUGAGGACGAUGAUGAAGUGGACAGAAGACGUUUUAAUAGGCAAUUCAAGACCAAGAUGGUGGAGGCAGAGGAUGAAAGCGAUCUGGACACAGGCUUCUAUUCUGAUGGGGAGGAGACACCAGCACCUAAGAGAAGUAGAAGUCUCCGAGUAGCACUCAGAUUUCCAGUCAAACAGUCUCCCACCCCCAAAAAGGAGCCACAAGCAAAAAGCCUCAGAAAGCCGGUUAAAGAAACCGUGGCACAGAAGGUGCGGCAGAGGAUGACAAAGCAGGAGGAUAAACAAAGAGAAGUGAAGACAGAGAAGGCGAAGGGAGAAGAUGAGGCUGUGUGCCAAAGCCUAAGCAAGCGGGACAAAAACAUCCGGGAAAACAAAGCCAUGCUGGCCAAGCUUUUUGCUGAUCUCACCACUAUGGCGGACCUGACUUUGCCUGACACCCCUCAAAAGAAGAAGUGCUCACCGGUGAAAACAACGCCGCGCAAACGCAAAAUAGAACAGAACACAGGGUCUGAAAGGAGAAACCCGUCUCGGAAAGCCCGCCCUCCUGAGAACUUUGCUGUGGACCAAGUGUGUGAGCCCAGUAGCGGCCCCAAGGCUGUCGACAUCAGGAGACUGAUAGAGGUGGAUGAGGAAAGUGCUGGUAACAUGCCAAAGAAGAAGAAGAGGAGGAGCCACCGACGCAGUCAGUUCGAGUUCAAGUCGGUUGAUGACAUCUCCAAAGAUGACUUGGACAACAUAGCGUAUCGCAGCAAAGAUAAGAUCUGGGACAAGGACAAUGGAAGCUCGUGUCACCAGUGCAGACAGAAAACGCUCGACACAAAGACAGUGUGCCGCAGUGGGUUCUGUUCUGCAGGCAAAGGCCAGUUUUGUGGGCCAUGUCUGAAGAACCGCUAUGGUGAGGAUGUGCGCACCGUAUUGCUUGACCCGAAAUGGUCGUGUCCCAUAUGCAGAGGAAUGUGUAACUGCAGCCUGUGUCGAAAGAAAGAAGGGCGCUGUGCAACUGGGAUUUUGGUCGGGCUGGCCCGCUACAAUGGCCACGACAACGUCCACGAGUAUCUGGAGAGAAUUCAGAAGGAGCUACUGUAAAGUCUUUGAAGACUCUCCUCAAGCAGAUGAUACACUUCAAAGUACUGUAGAAUUUAAAUAAAGAGAGGUAAAGACCCAAAGGUUUGUUCUUUUACACAAACGCUAUUAGCUAACGAGAUUUACGCUAUUGUCCUUGUAUAAAACAAACACUGCAUCACUAUAAGUAGUUUUGUGUGUGUGUCGAUUUUCAACUUUGCAUUUUUCAUUUGUUUUCCUUUGGAGUGUUUUUUUUUCCUCACCAUAACAAUCAAGAACUAGCAAAAAAAUGUAAAUGACUUUUUUACCAUUAUACAGUGGUGCCUCAAUUUAGAAGUUUAAUUCUUUCCGUGACUGCUUGUAACUCAAAACACUCAAAUCAUCUUUUUCCAUGAAACACCCACAAAAAAAAAAGAAAAAAACUGCACUCUACAAAAACAUAGAGUAAAAACAUUCAUUAGUGUAAUAAAUUCAAGGUAGUGUUCAUCAAAAUGGUUUAAUUAAUUGUGCAGGUCCUUCUACGUAGUCUGCGUGUUUUGUCCACCAAUGGAUAGAAGAAUACAGUCCUGACAUAUAGUUACACGAUAAAUAGCCUGUCAAGACAGCUCAAUUAGCUGCUAUUACUAGUUGAUUUUCAUAGCGGAUGAGAAAUAUAUGCUUGUACCACCAGUCAAAGAUUAAAAUCAUCUGAGCUAAGACUUAUAUCUCGAAAAACUAUUAAGUCAAGUCACUUGUAUGUCAAGGUAUCACUACAACAGUUUUUUUUUUGUCAUUUCAAUGUAAUAUAGUCCUAAUAAAGACAAAUUUU